CAGGGAGGAUUCACAUAGGUGGAGCGCGGCCUGCUAGUCACGUGUUCGGCGUGAGGUUGCUCGGGGCGUGGGUGUGGCGUGCCGGCGCGCAGGCCCUCCCUGACUGACGCAGGCGCAGAGACCGCUGCGCGGGGCUGGGGGCGGAUCUGGCCUGGCGAGGGCCUCGGGCCUGGGCCGUGGGCGAGCCGGGGAGAGGCCCCGAGGUGUGGGAGUCCGUCCCGAGGAGGCAGUGGCGGCUCCUGGACGCUCCUUCCCAUUUUCUUUCCUCCCCCCCCCCCAGUCUUCUCAGUGUGAUUUUCUUGGUUCGACAUUUGUGAAUUCUGCUCGCUAGAAUUUAUUUAUAACUCCAAGGUAAUUACCUGCAGAACCUGUGCAUUCGUUCAUGGACACACGCACUGUGGCGAAAGAUAGGAGUCUCCUGAUGCGCGUGCUCCAAGCUGAGGUCAAGCAAGGUGAUGCUGUCUGCCUUCUGGUUUCAGCUCAAAUACGGCCAACAAGUGUCCUUCUCCCAUUCUAUUUAGUGCCACAUUUUUCACAUUUCUGUGCCUCUAGUUAGUGAUUUUGAUGUUUACAAUGGCCCCCAGAGGGCUGAAGUGUGCUUAGUGUUCCUAAGGCAAUAAGGCUAUGAUGCACCUAACAGAUAAAAUGUGCGUUAGAUAGGCUUCAUUCAGGCAUAAGUUAGAGUACUAUUGGCUGUUCAAUGGUAUUGAAUCAAGCAUAUAUAUGUACAAAUUACAUAUUAAAAAUAUAAAAAAUAUAUAAAAUGUCAAAAAAUAUAUAAAAUGUCUUUAAACAGAGACAUAAAACAAGGUUAUAUAUUGAUCAGUUGGCAAAAAGGUGACUAGAGGCUCACAGGAACCUAACCCUGUAUUUCCCCUAGGAGCAAUGAGAAUAUUCAAAAUAUUCACUAAUUUAGUACUCAUGGUGACUUUAUAGAAUAUAACUACCAUGAAUAAGAAGAAUUGACUAUAUUACUCUUAAGUAAACCUAAUUUCCAGAUGGAAGUUACAUAGUGUGGGUAUUAUUCCAUCUUGUCUUUUGGUUUGCUUACAAUGGAUGUUGAAGCCCUAAAAUUAAUUUGAGGCUAAAAUGUUAUAAAACAAAAUUCAGUACGUUACUUAAAAUAGAAUUCAUCUUCUUUAUUUUUCUUUAACAGUGAUACUAUUUGUUUACAUAUUAUAGCCCUUAACAACUCCCUUCUGCUAUUUCUCAGGAAGCUUUUUAUUGGUAAAUAAUACUGAUACAGAAUUAAAUUGAACUGUCAUAAUUUUCUAUUUUUAAUUCAUAUAAAGUAAAGGAAAACUCAGGUUACAAAAGAUAAGGUGAAUGAUGCAUAAUGUUUGUGUUACAGUCUUUUACUUUUAAUAGUUGAUGGUGAGCAUUGUAGUAACCAACACAAAGUGGAGAAGAUCAGUUAAAAGAUUUAAUGUUCAUAAAAACAAACCAGCUACUCAGGUAAUAUUAGAAUGAUUGCUAAUACAGACAUCAUAAAAUUACACAUUGGGAAGUAAAAAAAAGAACACACACUGUGAUGUUAUAAGCCAAAGCCUCCUGAAUAGGAGGUUAAUCAGGUUAUUUUAUAAAGUGCCUUCAAAAUACCUAGUGUUCUCUCCUCCAGGAAAAAUAACUAGUGUUAAAGUACUUGACUAGAAUACAGUUCAAUAAAAGAGAUUGCUGAAAUGGCUCAAGUGUACCGUUCUCUGGUCCUUGGUUUACUACAGGAAGAGAAUUAGACUGCAUAGCAAAACAGUUCUUGAUACAUGGAUAAGUACCAUUAUUUUCUCUGAAGGUUUAUAAACUAACCAGACCGUAAAAAAAUAUACUUAGCCUUGAGUCUAGGUAUUCUGAUUCAAAUUAAAUGAUUUUGGUCCACUGUUUCUGCAUGACAGUAAUUAAUAUUACCAUAUAUGAGAAUAUUCUUAUGUGCCAGCCAUUGUGAUAUGUGCUUUGAAUUUAUUAUAAGCUCAGUUAAGUAGCCAAGAGGUACCUGUAUGUAGCCGACACUGUAUUUGCACUUUUUACCGUAGGUUAUCAUUACGUACAAAUCAUGUAGUGAUUCAGAUGGAUAAAACAACCUACAAGAGAAAUUCAGACACUCAUUUUAUAGCUUUAGGCCACAGAUUUAAAUUUUUCUGUCAUCACUAAACAGUUAAAAAAUGAAAAUUUUAGGUGUCAUUGUGAAAGGUUGUACAUUUGUUAUUAUUUGGUAAUAUUGCUCUUUCAUAUUGCUUGGUGGAAAAAAUUCCUUCAGUACGGUUUAAUAAAAUUUCUUUUGUAAGACACAGAUAUUGAAAAAAAGUAUCUUAAUCUUUUAAUAAUAGAUUUGGGGAAACGGGAAAGGGGUCAAUUGAUUAUUUGUCUAUACUUUAAAAUUUUUAGGUAGAUAUUUUAAUAAUAGACCAGUCUAUCUGUGGAAUUUUAUAAUAUUAUAUGCAGUGAUGAUUAACUUGAAAAUUUUUCUAUUAUAGACUCCGUUUUUUUGCUAAGAUUGACUUUGCCUCAGCAUCAACAAACUCUUCAUCUAAGAUUGGUUCCUGUGUGUCAUAUAUUUACAAGUCAGUGGAAAUUACAAGUCAGCACAUACAAGCUGAAAAGCCAAAUAAGGAAAUGUAAUCCUUCUCUUGACAGUUCUAAUUUAACUUGUAAGUUAAAUUCGGUGUUAGUUUAAAGUGGUUUAAAUGUGUAAUUACAGAACACAGUAUUACAGAUAAUCAGAGUAGUAAAUGAUUGAAAGUUUUCAGAACAUAUUUAAACAUACCACCUAAUAUUUAAUAUGGCUUAGUUGUGGAACGUGUGAAAAGCCCCACUACAUGUCUGUAGAACUCCUGUAGUGAAUGUACAUGAACAUUGCAGCAGUUCCUAAAUUGCAUUUUGCACACGACUAAGAAUUUGACUUGUAUGGCUUACAUUCAUGUUUUAAUGGUGAGUAUAUUUCCAAAGACAGGGAUCUGACUAGCGCGGGGAAUUGCAGAGCUGCUCUGCAUGCCAGAAUAAUUAUUUUCUCUCAUCACUGGAAGCAUUCCUGAGGCUUUUUUUUUUUUUUUUUUUUUUUUUUUUUUUUUUGCUAUCACUGUAGAGUCUGGAAUUUGAGUUAAGUCUCUCCACUGAUCAUGUUUAGAGGACAGAAACAAAAGUGACAGUUUCAUGCAGAUAAGGUUAUAGAUACAUAGCCUUUGACUUUGCUGUAAAUUAUCAAUUUUUUCUUAACUAUUUGCAUAAUAUUAUACCUUUCAUUUUAGCUUUUUAAAAAUAUUAUACCUUUUCAUUUUAGCUUUUAAAGACAAAAAAAUGUCAUACCUUUGCCCUAUCAUUUGGGAAGUUAUUUAAGUGUUUUGUAAGCAAAUAUUUUAGCCUGCUUUCCUGUUGUGAGUUUUAUAAGAAACUUAUAAGUCUGUCUGCAUGUUCAUAUGACUAAAGAGAAAUAUGAAGAAUAUUACUCAGCUUUUGUGAAUUGCAAGUAAAUAGCAUUCCAAAUAAUCCUUGUUUAUAUGGGUUAUAAACCAAGAAACAAUUUUCAUUACAGGAAAAGAACUACUACUCUGAUUUUGUGUGUGUGUGUGUGUGUGUGUGUGUGUGUGUGUGUGUGUGUGUGUGUUUUAAAGCCUCUAUGGUAAGGCAUUUUCUGAAUAAAGUGUUGCUUAUAGUUACAAAUUUCUAAAGUUUUGAUGAUUUAGUCUUGAGAUCGAAAAGAUUAUUAAGAGGAUAUCUGUAAUAUUUGAGAAUUUGGGUUUAAGUACUUUUUAAAUGUCCCAUACAUUUGAAAGAUUUCUAAACAGUUUAUGUACAGUGGACAUGGUUAUUUUCAGUCCUGUUGGGACUUUAAGUCCGUUGAAAUUAGUAACCAAAUGUCUUUUUUGUUUUUAUGUUUUGAAAAGGGCUAAAGCCAGUUUUUAGGUUGACUUGGGCAGAAAAGUGAAAAGAGAAUGCUCCACUUUAACCGGUGUCCACAUCUGAAACAAAUAGCCCAGAAAUGUUUUCCUAGUGUACAUGUUAGAACGGAUAAACAUGUGCAGCUGUUUCUUUCAAGAACCUUUGCACUUGCAGAAUUCAGGAAGUCAUGGCACUCAACCCACUCUCUUGUCGGAGACAAAAAUAUUAUCCUGAUGGGACCUCCUGGUGCUGGGAAAACAACAGUAGGCAGAAUAAUAGGUCAGAAACUAGGUUGUUGUGUCAUAGAUGUGGAUGAUGAUAUCCUUGAAAAAACCUGGAAUAUGAGUGUGUCUGAAAAAUUACAGGAUGUUGGUAAUGAGCAAUUUUUAGAAGAGGAAGGAAAAGCUGUGUUAAACUUCUCUGCAUCUGGAAGUGUGAUUUCCCUUACUGGGUCCAAUCCAAUGCAUGAUGCUAGCAUGUGGCAUCUGAAGAAAAAUGGGAUAAUUGUAUACCUGGACGUACCUCUAAUAGAUCUAGUCAGUCGUUUAAAAUUCAUGAAAGUAGAUAGGAUUGUAGGUCAGAAUGCUGGCACAUCUAUGAAAGACUUACUUAAAUUUAGAAGACAGUAUUAUAAGAAAUGGUACGAUACCCGUGUUUUUUGUGAAAGUGGGGCUUCCCCAGAGGAGGUAGCUGACAAAGUGCUUAAUGCAGUUAAAAGAUACCAAGAUGUGGACUCAGAAACGUUCAUUUCAACAAGACACAAUUGGCCUAAAGACUGCGAGCAGAAGGUCUCAACAAAAUUCUUUAGUGAAGCAGUGAUUGAGGGGUUAGCUUCUGAUGGUGGACUCUUCGUUCCUGAGAAGGAGUUUCCAAAAUUAAACUGUAGGGAGUGGAAAAGCCUAGUAGGAGCAACCUACAUAGAAAGAGCACAAAUACUAUUGGAAAAGUGUAUACAUCCUGCUGACAUACCUGCUGCCAGAUUGGGAGAAAUGAUUGAAACUGCUUAUGGGGAAAACUUUGCCUGCUCAAAAAUCGCCCCUGUCAGGCACCUUUCAGGCAACCAGUUCAUCCUGGAGCUGUUUCAUGGACCAACAGGAUCAUUUAAAGAUUUGUCUUUACAGCUUCUGCCUCAUCUGUUUGCACACUGUAUUCCACCAAGCUGCAAUUAUAUGAUACUUGUAGCUACGUCAGGAGACACGGGCAGCGCAGUCUUAAAUGGUUUUAGUCGUAUUAAUAAGAAUCACAAGCAAAGAAUAGCCGUGGCCACAUUUUUCCCUGAAAAUGGAGUAAGUGAUUUUCAAAAAGCACAAAUAAUUGGCAGCCAGAAAGAAAAUGGGUGGGCAGUGGGUGUCAAGUCAGAUUUUGAUUUUUGCCAGACAGCUAUAAAAAGAAUUUUUAAAGAUUCUGACUUUACUGGCUUUCUUAUUAUGGAACAUGGAACUAUCUUAAGUUCAGCUAAUUCCAUCAACUGGGGCCGACUGCUUCCCCAAGUAGUUUAUCAUGCUUCUGCAUAUCUUGAUCUUGUUAGCCAAGGAUUUAUUUCUUUUGGAAGCCCAGUGGAUGUCUGUAUUCCCACAGGAAACUUUGGUAACAUUUUAGCAGCAGUGUAUGCCAAAAUGAUGGGAAUCCCUAUUCGAAAAUUUAUUUGUGCCUCUAAUCAGAACCAUGUUCUGACUGAUUUUAUAAAAACAGGACAUUAUGAUCUGAGGGAAAGAAAAAUAACUCCUACCUUUUCACCAUCAAUAGAUAUUCUUAAAGCUUCAAACCUGGAACGACAUUUACACAUGAUGGCUAAUAAAGAUGGAGGGUUAAUGACAAAAUUAUUUAAUCAACUAGAAGAGCAGCAGCACUUCCAGAUAGACAAGAUGCUAGUGGAGAAACUUCAGCAGGAUUUUGUAGCCGACUGGUGCUCUGAGAGAGAGUGCCUUGCAGCUAUUCAUUCCACCUACAGUACUUCAGGGUAUAUUCUGGAUCCACACACUGCGGUUGCAAAAGUGGUUGCGGACAGAAUGCAAGACAAAACUUGCCCAGUGAUUGUCGCAUCUACAGCUCAUUACUCAAAGUUUGCACCUGCUAUCAUGCAGGCUUUAAAGAUAAAAGAAAUCAACCAUACUUCAUCAAGUCAGCUUUAUUUACUGAGUUCAUACAACGCAUUACCUCCACCUCAUGAAGCUUUGUUAGAAAGAAUGAAGCAGCAAGAGAAGAUGGAGUACCAGGUCUGUGCAGCUGAUGUGGACGUCCUAAAGAAUCAUGUGGAAAAACUAAUACAAAAUCAAUUCGUAUAAAAAUGUUUUGAGUAAAAUAUUUUUUUUCUGGUGAUAAGCAUGCGAUAAUAAAUCACAAACAUUGAUUUGGA